AUGGCGGAAAUAGUUGAAGUAUCUGAGAUGGUGACUGAGCCAGAAAUAGUUACUGAAGAUGUUUCUGUGGUUAUUGAAGAGAUUCCUACUGAGAAUGUGAUUGAUAUUGAAGAAAUAGCUGCAGAAGUGUAUUACUACCAGUCAGAACAGGAGGUAUUGGCAAGUUCAAUGAAAUCGAUAAUGCCUCCUAAAGUGUUUGAAUCUUUUGCAGGUUAUUUCGAAGAACUAAAGACCGGAUCAUGUCCAAGAUUUGAAGAGAAGAAAGAAGUUGUCGAGGAAUUGAUAGACGUGUCGAAAGAGCUGACUGGAGACGCACUGAAAGACAUAGCCGAUAAAGCUCUCAUGGGAAAGCUGAGAGAGGUAGACUCAGAACUUGAGAAGUCAGAGUCUGUCAGUACUGUGUCGGUCAAAAAGGAGUCUGAUCAGAAGUCUGGAGUUCAGGAGAUCAAAUCAGUCAAUAAAUAUCCAGAUGGGGUGGGAGCUGCUUUGAAUCUCAAGUUGAGAUCGAUUGAGGAUGAUUUGCCUGAAAGCAUAUAUGUCACUUUCUCUGCAUCCGGUAUCGACAACGAAUCACAGGUUAUCAAAACCGUUGUCGAUCAGGUGUUGGAUGAGGAGAACAAACUUUAUUCCGAUUUCGAGUAUCCUCUUCAGAAUGUGAUGAUUGAGAAUGUCAAAAAAGUGUUUAAGCUGGUUGAAAUGAACAUUAAUGAGGUCAAUAACAAUGAAUUCUUUUCAAAACCUAAAAAAUCGUUUGUUACAUCACGUCCAAUAAGUUCGGGAAAGAAAGAAGGGGAUGGUAAAGGGCUGCCCAAGUCUAUACUUUCAAAGUGGAUUAUGGAUAGUGGUGCUUCAAGGCAUAUGACUGGGACGCUAGCUCUUCUCUACGAUGUCAAAUCCAUAAAUGGAAGCUAUGUGGGAUUUGCCGGGAAUCAAGGCAGGAGAAUCAUUGGACAAGGAACGUUGACAAAUGGCGUGAUUUCGUUCGACAAAGUGAACUAUAUAGUAGAGUUAGAAAACAAUUUACCCAGUAUUUCGCAAAUUUGUGAUAAAGCUUUUAGUGUACAUUUCACCAAAACAGAAUGUGUGGUUUUGAAACCAGGGUUUAAAAUCCCUGAUGAGAUGGUGUUGUUGCGGGCUCCACGAGAGAACGAUCUUUAUAUUCUUGAUAUGAGAAUUGCAACACCAACAACUCAUCAGAAACAAUGUUUUUUGUCAAAGUCUAAAGCGACGAAUAAAGAGUCGAUAAUGUGGCAUCGUAAGAUGGGCCACAUUCAUGUUCGAAAAAUGAACUUUUUUGUACACAAUGAUUUGGUAGAUGGUGUAAUCUGA